AUGGUUGUUCCAUUUAUCGGGAGGUUAUUCUGGUAUGAAUACCUUGCGCUUUUUGGCUCUCUAGUCUUAGUACUUCUUGAGACUAUCAUUCAUCUAAUUACGUCUUGUCUUCCUUCGCCUAUCAUCCAGUUCUGUUACCGCCAAUCAAAGGCCCUUUUCACUAUUUUCCUUCCAUUUGAGUCGCGUGAUAAUCGGACUAAAGAGGAAAUCUUCGCUGCUUCUGUAGCCCAAGCUUCGGACUUUACUGAGAUAUGCGCCUUGUUUGGAUACGAGGCAGAGGAGCAUAUCGUACAGACCACUGAUGGGUAUCUACUUGGACUUCACCGGUUGGCGUACCGCAAAGGUGAAGAAAAAGUGCGAGUGAACCAAGGAGCUGGGGGUAUCACUAAGAAAGUUGUUUAUCUCCAUCAUGGUCUGCUCAUGUCCAGUGAAGUAUGGGUUGCCUUGACCGAUGAACAACGGUGUCUGCCAUUCCAGCUAGUCGAGAAAGGCUAUGAUGUCUGGCUGGGUAACAACCGUGGCAACAAGUACGCAAAGAAAUCCAUCCAGCACUCGCCAGGUUCGAACGAGUUCUGGGACUUCUCUAUCGAUCAAUUUGCCUUCCAUGACAUUCCCAAUAGCAUAGAGUACAUACUGGGAGUGACAGACCAGCCAUCGCUUUCAUAUAUUGGGUUCUCCCAGGGAACUGCACAAGCAUUCGCUACUCUCUCUAUACACCCAUUGCUGAACCAAAAGGUCGAUGUUUUUGUCGCUUUGGCACCCGCAAUGGCCCCCUCUGGCCUUCGUAAUCGCAUUGUUGAUUCCCUCGUCAAAGCAUCUCCAGAUUUCCUCUUCCUUCUUUUCGGUCGACGCAGCAUUCUAUCAUCAACCACAAUGUGGCAGACUAUUCUCUACCCGCCUAUCUUCGUGCGCCUGAUUGAUACUGCAUUAACCAAACUUUUCAACUGGCGCUGUCGCAACAUCAGCCACACACAGAAGCUAGCUGCUUACAUGCACCUUUUCUCAUUUACAAGUACAAAGUGCGUCGUACACUGGUUUCAAAUAAUUCGCAAUAAAAACUUCCAAUUCUACGACGAUGAGCUUUAUGCCCCGUUUAGCAUUGCCGCCAGCGAACGGUUCUACAAGCCAGUUAAAUACCCUACCCGAAUUAUCAAGACACCUAUUGUCCUGCUGUACGGCGACUGCGAUAGUCUGGUUGACAUCAAUGUCAUGCUGCAAGCUUUACCGAGAAAUACGGUCGCCAAGCGGAUUCCAACUUAUGAGCACCUUGACUUCUUGUGGGCUGCAGAUGUUGACCGCCAGGUUUUCGGCCAUGUGUUUGAGGCUCUUGAGACUUAUGGUCCGAAGAGCCCUGCAGCUGAUGAGCAGUCCCCUUCUCGCCCAUCCAUCAGUACUCAUGCUUCUAAUAGCUCUUUACCGAGGCAGCAUUGCAACACUCAUAAUGAUCUAGUCAAUGGAGUGCAUUAA